AUGUGGCGCAAGCCGCUCGCUCUCACCGACGUGGCUCGUGCCUUCCUCUCGCAGCCGCCUCCACGCAAGCCGCUGCCUCGCAUGACCAACCUGCUUGGCAGCAUUCAGUUUCCUGCCGCCAUGCCCUUCGGCGAAGACUGUUUCACGCGAGAGGACGAGGCGGAUGACUCCAUCAUGUAUCGCUCGCCUAUCCUGUGCACGCACAUAGACGAUGACGCGAUUGUGGCGCUGACCAAGCACUACCGCCGCACGCUGCCAGCCACGCCUCCUGGCAACGCGGUGGCGCUGCUGGACUUGUGCUCCUCGUGGGUCAGCUUUCUCCCGCCGGAGUUCACUCCCUGCCGCUGCGUCGGCCUCGGCAUGAACAGCUUUGAGCUCGGUGAGAACGAGCAGCUCACCGAGCGCACCGUGCACAAUCUGAACAAGGGCGGCGCGCUGCGCCUCCCCUUUGACGACGGCAGCUUUGACGUCAUCACCAAUGUGGUCUCCGUCGACUACAUUACCCGGCCGCUUCAGCUCUUCGAGGAGAUGCACCGCGUGCUCAGACCCGGUGGAGUAGCUGUCAUGUCCUUCUCGAACCGAAUGUUCUGGCACAAGGCCGUCAGAAUCUGGACGGAGGCGAGCGAGUGGCAGCGCGUGCUCAUAUGCAGCCUCUACUUCCGCCUCGCCCGCGGUGGCGAGGCCUUCGAGGCCGCAGAGGCGCUCCUAAUCACGGAGCCGGAGGGGCACGACCCGAUGUACAUUGUCCAGGCGAGGAAGCCGGGCGCAGGCUCCCAGGAGCCAGAGGGGCGACAGUCACCGUCGGACACGGACAAUGAGGACGGCGUGCCCAGCAUGGUUUGA